UAGACUCAAAAUACAUUCAAUAAUACCGGUAACAGUGUAUAAGCCACGGAAACAAACAUAUGGCUGAGAAUCCCCCUGAAAAUGACCCAGCUACGGAAAACCAGGCUGAAGCUUCUGAUAACAAUGCUCAACAAGGUAGUUCACCUGAUACUGAGACGGGACUUUUCGCAACGCCGGGUCCAGAUCCAAAUACCCCAGUUCCCUUCAGCAAGAAACUCAAGCUUUUCGUUUGCACCCACUUUAAAGGAAUAGCGACGUUGGUAGUGCCGUUGAUUCUUAUGCCGAUCCUUACGCCUUUUCCACCGCAGAAGUGGCAAUGGUGUGCGUACUGCCUGUGUCUGAUGGCCGUAUACUGGGUGUUCGAAUGCAUCCCGUUGUCCGUCACGUCCUUCUUCCCUGUCAUCAUUUUCCCGCUGGCCAACGUCAUGCCUACCCGGACAACUUGCAAGGCUUAUAUGAAUGAUACCGUAGGGAUGUUCUUGGGCAGCAUAAUACUCGCCGCGGCGGUCGAGCAGUCCGGGCUGCACAAGCGCUUGGCUCUCUACUCCAUCAAGAUUAUUGGAUACUCGCAUUUGAAAAUGCUGUUUGCCGUCGCUUUCGUGACAAUGUUCGUGUCAAUGUGGAUCACAAACACCGCUACUGCUACAAUGAUGGUGCCCAUAGUAUUUGCACUGUUAAGAGUUUACGAAAGUCAAAAGCUGUACAAAAUAUACGAUGUAAAUGAGAAAACGGGAGAAAAAACAUCAACGCCCAUAACAAGCUGUUACUUUUGUUGUAUCACGUUUGCUGCUACAAUUGGUGGCAUCGGAACCCUUGUUGGCACUGUAACUAAUUUAGUAUUUAAAGGACUCUUCGCUACUACAUUUCCUGCGGCGCCGGAGUAUAUAUCGUUUCCGAUGUUUUCUGCAUUUGCUAUACCAUACAUGAUUGCGAUGAACAGUGCUAUGUAUUUGUUCCUUGCGGUGUUUUACAUGGGACUUUUCAGAGGCAAUAGUCAGGCUGCUAAAGAUGUCAGAAUACCCCCUGAAGGGCAGCUGUUAGCCAAAAGGAAAGUCGAGUCUGAAAUUAAGGCACUUGGCCCACUAUCUUGCCAUGAAACGAUGGUAUUAAUCCUAUUCAGUCUUUCGAUGGUUAUGUUUUUUUCACGAUCACCUCAAAUUUUUCCUGGAUGGGCCGACAAAAUACUCGACUUUUUCUUGAUCAAAGACUAUAAAUUUAUAAAAGACUCGGCAGCGGCAACAUUCGUUAUUUUCCUAAUGGUGAUAUUGCCGGCUACUUCGGCCAUAUUUAAGAAUUUCUCAGCAAAAUAUGAAGACGAACUUCCAAAGCGUCGCAUUCCGUCUUGUCUCGACUGGGAUGUGAUGAAUAAGUCUAUGCCGUACAGUUUUGCAUUUUUACUUGGUGGAGGUUUUGCCUUAUCCACUGCAGCAGGCAAAAAAUAUUCCGAUUUAAAUGGAAAAAUCGGAGAAGCAUUGUCGAAAUUGGAAGGAAUGCCCAACGCAGCUAUACUUUUUAUACUCAUCCUUUUCACAGUCUUUGUUACUAAUUUUGCCUCAAAUGUCGCCGUCUGCAAUGUGAUUGCACCAAUAGCAGUACAGCUGGCGUUGAAGGUGAACGUGAAUCCGCUGUGGUACGUCAUUGCGGCCGGGGUGUCCUCAUCGUACGCCCUCAUGAUUCCGGUCGGGACUCCAGGGAACCUCAUUGUGCAGAGCGCCGCUAAUGUACCGACUCCGCAUAUGAUCGUAGCAGGAUCCGGUCCAACUGUUAGUACGCUGUUCUUCACUUGGUUUUUCCUGUACUUUUACGCACCAAUCAUAUGGCCGAUUUUGAAAAAUCCCACACCAGAAUGGUUAAGCAGUAAUGCUUAAGACACUGGUCACGCUCGUUUCAUUUUUUGCUAAAGAUGUUAAUUAUUUAAAAUGUAAUUAUUAAAAAGCUAAUUGGUAUAACUGUAGCUAGUGUCGUACUAGGUAUAAAUUAAAUUGUCACAUCUCAUCAGGAAAUCCUUUUUCCUAUAUGUUUUUUCUUUGAGACAUGAAGAAGUUUGGUUAACUUAUUCAAUUAAAAUAAAUGUUAGAAAAAUUUCUGUGCAUGUGAUUGAUACUGUAUUAAUUAGUUUAAAGUAUGUGGUAUUUAUUAAACGAAUUAAAAUGUU